UACAGGGAUGAAAUGUGAAAGUUUAUUCGGGAUAGAAUGCCAUUUCUUUGCUUACUUAUUAUUGGCAAAUAAAUGGAUGAAUACCCAGAUGUAAGCUUUUAAAAUAAUAUUUUUAAAAACCUACUUAAGUCAAAUGUCAUUGUGUGUCUGUAUACAGCAGGAGAGAGAAACUUGCAGAGAUAAUCACAGAAAAUGGUUUUGAAAUGUCUGAUUGAUUGGCUCUCGUAUAUAUUUGGAUUAACACGUGCCACACUGAGGGGGAGGAGCAUCUGUAAUAUGCUCGACCAGGAUUGGUCAGACGGCUUAUUCAGAACCGCCCCUUUACAGUCGCUGGAGGCGCUGUUACAUAUUCCUCAUGCUUCUGAUACUAAAGUUUAUGUAGUUAACGUAAGUAAUUAAUCUAUCAUUAUAUCCAUUUUCGGUAAUUAAACAUACGGAUGUAAUAUAAACACAAGUAAAGCGUUACUGACGAUGUUACAGUGGGUUAUGAAAGCCCCGCAGCAGCUGCUUGUGUAACCUCUCAGCUCAUUCAUUCACGCGUUUUGUAACGCGGCUCGCGGAUGCAUUCUGUCUGUCAGUUUGUGUCAUUUGUAUAUUUACUACGUUGAAAAGCGACGGAUUUCCUCCAAGAGAAUGUCUGUAAGCAGAGAUAUGAAGUCCGUGUCUCAGGUCCGUGAACUGCUGAGAGAGCUGGUGUUGGGUCGUGAGGAUCCGGACGGGUUUUUCUGCAUGUGUUUAUCUCUGCUGGGGGACGCAGACACCCGAACACACUUUCUGGACGUGAUCAAACCCCUUUUAUCCGAACAUGAACAUUUACACAGUCAGCUGACUGCAAUCUUUUUGGAGUACUUCUCUAAGGAUAAAGCAGAUGAAUUAGAGUUGGCUUUAGCACUCUCUCUUUAUGAAACCAAACUUACCAAACCAGAUCAUCAGCCUUACAAAAGCUCUGCCGACUUGAGUACAGUAACUUCAGGUGUUGAUCUUUCAAACGUCAGUGAUAGAGCUGAAGUAGCAGAGAGCCAGGCUGUUGCAAAAUGGACACUAGAUACAGAAGUGCAUAACACCACGUGUGCCAUUAAAAACACAAAUAAAGACAAUGAUGAUCUUAAGGUCACAAAGUCAACAAGAUCACAAAGGCGCCGUCUGCGUAAGAAGCAGCAUUUGUUGAAGAACCCAUCGGGACCACGACCGGUUCUGCUCUGGUUCAGAAGGGACCUCCGCAUGUGGGAUAACCCUGCUCUUAUUGACUGCCUGGAGCUUGGUGCACCUGUCAUUCCUGUCUUCCUGUGGAAUGCGGUGGAGGAGGAGGGUCCAGGGGUUACCGUGGCAACCGGUGGGGCAUCUAAAUACUGGCUGCAUCAGGCACUAGUGAGUCUGAACCGCUCUCUGGAGAAGCGUGGAAGCCACUUGGUGACGCUGAAGGCAGAGUCUUCAUCUUUGACAGCUCUGCAAGGGUUAAUCACUGAGACGGGGGCAGCGUCGGUUGUGGCAACAGCCCUGUAUGAGCCGUGGCUGAAGGAAAGAGAUGACAGCAUGUGGGAGAAACUGGAGAAACAAGGUGUUAAGUGCCAUAUCUACCACUCCUACUGCCUUAGAGACCCCUACACGGUCAGCACACAGGGCGUUGGACUACGAGGUAUUGGCUCUGUCUCUCACUUCAUGAGUUGUUGCCAGCAGAAUCCUGGCAGUGGACAGACCUCUCCGCUGGAUGCCCCCGCUGCCCUGCCUGCUCCCUCAGCUUGGCCGCAGGGAUGCCCACUUGUUGAUCUGGGACUGGCACGCAUGCCACGCAGGAAAGAUGGCACAGAGAUUGACUGGGCUGUGAACAUUCGGAAAUCAUGGGACAUCAGUGAGGAAGGAGCUCAGGCUCAUCUUGAGGCCUUCCUGCGAGAUGGUGUGUACCGUUAUGAGAAAGAGUCAAGUCGUGCGGAUGAGCCCAACACCAGCUCUCUAUCUCCAUAUCUGCACUUUGGGCAGUUGAGUGCACGCAGCCUAUUAUGGGAUGCCCGUGGAGCUCACUGCAGACCUCCCAAGUUCCAGCGCAAACUGGCCUGGAGGGACCUGGCGUACUGGCAGCUGUGCCUUUUCCCAGACCUGCCCUGGGAGUCCCUCAGGCCACCGUACAAGGCUUUGCGCUGGAGUUCAGACCGUGUCCAUCUGAAAGCAUGGCAGCGUGGAUGCACAGGAUACCCACUGGUAGAUGCCGCAAUGAGACAGCUGUGGCAAACUGGCUGGAUGAACAACUACAUGAGACACGUGGUUGCCUCCUUCCUCAUUGCUUAUCUGCAUAUUGCUUGGCAUGAAGGAUACCGCUGGUUUCAGGACACGCUGGUAGACGCUGAUGUUGCCAUAGACGCCAUGAUGUGGCAGAAUGGAGGAAUGUGUGGACUGGAUCACUGGAACUUCGUCAUGCACCCUGUUGAUGCAGCGCUGACCUGUGACCCCUAUGGCACCUAUGUGCGACAGUGGUGUCCUGAACUGAAGGCACUUCCUGAUGACCUCAUCCAUAAGCCCUGGAAGUGCCCAGCAUCAAUGCUGCGUAGAGCAGGUGUGGUUUUAGGUGGCAACUACCCGGAGCGGAUUGUUGUUGACCUUGAGGAGCGACGUGCACAGUCUCUACAGGAUGUUGCGACAGUGAGAAGACGCUUUAGGGAGUUUGUUGACCAGAGAUCAGGUUGUGACCUGGUACCUGUUCCUGCAAGGUUGGUGCAGGACGCUCUGGGCAGUAUUGAGGAUGUUGUGAAUCGUGAAGGAACCGGGUUUCUCCUCCCAGUCAUCACCCGCAUGGAGUUUAAACACCAGUCAGAGGAUCCAGACAGGCAAGAUAACCAGUACAGCGCUGUGCUGAAGGGCUACGUCAGCCGCAAACGGGACGAAACCAUUGCCUUCCUAAAUGAGAGAGACUUCACAGCCAGUGUGAUGUGUGAGAAUGCACAGCGUAGAGAGAGGCUAGAGAAGGACUGGUGUCUUCUGGAGGGUCUGCCUCAGCCCAUAGUCUCACGCGGCAGGGCCAGACGUACCCCAACCAGAGACCCUUACAGCAAAGUGCCUGGAGGUGUCGCUGUUCCCCGCAGAUAACCGACUGACAUGUUAAGACUGGAACACACUACACAACUUUUGCAGACACUGGUCAGCCAGUCUGCAGAUUUUUAGCAGUCGGAGUUGAUUUCGCACAUAUUCAUAGUGUAUUAUGGGCAGACGAUUUUUUUUUUUUAGCUUCAGACUUUCAUUACUUUUAGUCUGAAGAUAUCAAACAUGUUUGAUAUUUUGACUUUUUAAAACUUUAGUAGAUAAUUCAAUACAGAUGGCCUAUUUUGCUUUCUUAUCCUGUACAAACCCAUCCAUUGUGGUGUUGGAAACUGUUUGAUAUUUAACAUUAAUGACUAAAGCUUUGUUUUCUUUAAAGGGUGUUUUAUAAAACAAUACUACUUAAAAUAAUUCAUUU